AUGAUCAACGCUCUCGAGCUACUGUACGCACUUGGCGCUUUGGAUGAGAAAUCUAUGCUCACUAACCCGUUGGGACUCCGCAUGUCUGAGUUUCCUCUACCACCAAUGCACAGCAAAUGUCUUCUGACUUCAGGCGAUUUUGGUUGCAGUGAAGAGAUGGCAUCAAUUAUCGCUAUGUUGCAGGUACAAGAUGUGUUUACCCCGCCUAUCAGGAAUAGACAACGGGCGGAAGAAAUCAAAAGACGCUUCGCUGCUGAGGAAGGUGAUCAUAUAGCCCUGCUCAAUGUAUACACGAUGUUUGUCAAGAACAAUCGAAGCCGUAAAUGGUGUGGUGAUCACUUUCUCAACUACAGAGGUCUAUGCCGUGCUGACAAUGUCCGCUCGCAGUUGGUUAGAUUAUUAAGGCGAUUUGAUGUGCCUUUGGUGUCAACGAGAGGGGAAACCGGUGGGACGGCAAAAAUACUGAGAUGUCUUGUCUCUGGCUUCUUCUCACAAGCGGCAAGAUACCAUUACACUGGGAAGUAUGUAACUGUCAAAGAAGAAUUUCCCUUCAAUGUAUACAAAGGAUCAGUUAUCAUGUACAAGAAAGAUUAUCCAAAAUGGGUAAUCUUCACAGAAGCUAUGCAAGAUUCUAUCAGAGAUAUCUCAGUGAUUGAGCCACAUUGGCUAUAUGAACUUGCGCCUCACUAUUAUGAAUUUGGAACAGUGAGUUAUCUCAAUUUUGAACUUUUAAUUUUUUUCUUUUAA